UGUGAAACAUCAGAGAGUCUUCUGACCCGCAAUGGGUGUGGCAACCCGCAGAGAUGCUGAGGAGCUUCCUUCCCUGUUCAAUGUAGAUGUGAAAGCAUCAGUAGUUUCUCGCAGUGAGAUGAGCAACCCGCAGUGACUGUAGGAGGGAGCUGUGCUGGGAGCCACAGGAGAGUGCGUGCCCACAGGGAGACCCUCAGCUCAGCCCGGGAACAGAGUGAUAGCCUGAGUCCAAAGACUCGCCCGCCCGCCCAGGAGUUUCACUUUCUCCCACCGUCGUCUCCAUGGAGGUCCUCCAGUCCCUGAGCUCCCCCGGCUCCUGCCCCCACCUGUACGGCUCGGGCAACGUCAGCGUGGUCAAGGAGCACUACAACCGCACGGGCCGCCUGGUGAACCGGCCGGCCAAGAGCGAGGGCCUGGGGGUGGCCGAGGCCUGCUGGCUGCUCAUCAGCGUCUCCAUCAUGGCGGAGAACCUGGUGGUGCUGCUGGCGGUGCUCCUGCGCCUCCGCCUGCGGCACCGCUGGGUCUACGUCUGCAUCGCCAACAUCACGGUCAGCGACCUGCUGACGGGCGCCGCCUACGUCAUCAACAUCCUCAUGUCCGGCGGCCGCACCUUCCGCCUGAGCCCCGCGCUCUGGAUGCUGCGGGAGGGCGUGCUCUUCGUGGCGCUGACCGCCUCCAUCUUCAGCCUGCUCCUCAUCGCCGUGGAGAGGUACACCACCAUGAUGCGGCCGCUGCACCAGAAGUCGGCCCGGAAGACGUGCCGCGUCUACGGAAUGGUGGCGCUCAGCUGGCUGCUGGCCUUCGCCAUCGGCUUCCUCCCGCUGCUGGGCUGGAACUGCGUCUGCCAGCUGGAGCGCUGCUCCACCCUGCUGCCGCUGUACUCCAAGAGCUACGUCCUCUUCACCCUGGUCAUCUUCUUCCUCAUCCUGAUGGCCAUCAGCGUGCUCUACGGCGCCAUCUACUGGCACCUGCGGGGCAGCGCGGAGGUGGGCUCCACCCGCACUCGGCUGCGCUCCAUGCGGCUGCUGAAGACGGUGGUCGUCAUCGUGGUGGCCUUCAUGUUGUGCUGGGGGCCCCUCUUCACCCUGCUGCUGGUGGACUUCUUCUGCCAGUCGCGCGCCUGCAAGCCCCUGAACAGCUCGGGCUGGGUGCUGGCGGUGGCGGUGCUGAACUCGGCGCUGAACCCGGCCAUCUACGCGCUGGGCAGCGCCGAGCUCCGGCAGGCCAUCGCCGACCUGCUGCGCUGCCUGACGUGCAGCGCCGGCACCAAGGAGACCAGCAGCACGUCCGGGGGCUCGCAGAGACACAGCAGCCUGCGCAACAGCUUCAACCACGUGCGCAGCCUGAGCACCAGCCCCCCACCCGUCCGCAAGGCCAAGAAGCCCCGCCUCAGCUCCACCACGUCCUGCCUGUCCGUGUCCACCGACUAGACCACGGAAACCUGGGCGUGUCUCCUCCGGCUAACCGCUCCCCUGCACCUCUGCACCUCGGGCCCCCCGCCCUCCCCCAAGAGGCCCCCCGUUUCCUUCCUCUGCGCGGCGGCCCCCUCCACUCGCGAUUUGGUCCUUUUGUUUUUUGUUUUUUGGUUGAGUGAAUCCACAAGACUAACGGAGUCUCUGUGUCACAAGCCCAGGCGCGCGUGUGUGCACACACACACGCACACAUACACGCACACACACACACAGACACACACCCGCACUCACACACACUCGCACACACAGCCUGAGAGACAGUGGAAGGAAAAAUAUAAAUUUUAUGGCAUCAGGUAAACAAUACUGUUAUAUCUGAGGGUUCAGUAUUCAUGUUUGAGGCAGCUGAAUGUGCAAUAAAUUAAUGUGAAUUAAAAUAAAUAUAUAUGGACAAGAUUCUCUGUUUAAAUAGUUGACAAAUUUAUAGUUGUGCUGAAAAUGUGAAAAAUAUGGAAAUGAUUUGGAAAAAACUGAAUUGAUUUAUAUAUUGAGUGACAGAGUGAAUAUAUUGUAAAAUAUUACUUCUCUAUACUCAUAUUCAAUAAAGGUUCUUUGUACUUUUUUUCUACUGUAAUUUUGUUUUACAAACCUUUGCUGUUCGAAAUAAUCAAUAUAGUUUCAAAUGAGCUUCUGUUCUUUUGUUCAAUUGCUGCAGAAUGUACAAUGUUCUUGUUGAUGCCUAUUGUAGAUGACAAUAUAGCAAAAUCUUGAAAACUGAAUUAUAGAUAUUAUAUUUUGUAAAAUGUUGCCUUACUAUCAUAAUUGUUCUUAUAUUUUGGUCACUGUCAACAUGUUCACAUUGUUUGAAUAAAUCAUAUUUCCUCAA